AUGUCAUCCGGAAUCGCCAACGCCAACGACAUCUCCCCCAAGAAGAAGCUCCGCAUCGCCGUCAUCCCUGGAGAUGGUAUUGGUCAAGAGGUCAUGCCCGAGGGUGUAGCCUGUAUGAAGGCCGCAUGCAAAAGGUUCAACAUUGACAUUGAAUUCGACGAGUCCUUCAACGACUGGGCCACCUGCGACCGGUACCUCAAAGAAGGCAGCAUGCUUCCCGACAACUGGAAGUCGGUCCUCUCGCAAUACGAUGCCAUCUACUUUGGCGCCGUCGGUGACCCUGAAAAGGUCCCGGACCACAUCUCCCUCUGGGGCUCCCUCAUCCAAUUCCGUCGUGAAUUCGACCAAUACAUCUCCCUCCGUCCCUGCCGUCUCCUCCCCGGCAUCGAAUGCCCCCUCGCCAACAAGAAGAUCGGCGAUAUCGACUUUUGGGUCGUCCGCGAGAACACGGAAGGCGAGUACUCGUCCGUCGGCGGCAAGAUGUUUCCGGGGACGGACAGGGAGUUUGUCAUCCAGGACACCAUCAUGACGCGGACGGGGGUAGAUCGGGUGCUCAAGUAUGCGUUUGAGCUGGCGCAGAGCAGGCCCAAGAAGCACCUGACCAGUGCGACCAAGAGUAAUGGUAUCUCCAUCUCGAUGCCGUACUGGGACGAGCGGGUCAAGGCGAUGGCGGAGGGGUACGGGGAUGUCAAGGUGGACAAGUUUCACAUUGACAUCUUGUGCGCAUUCUUUGUGCUCAGGCCAGAGAUGUUUGAUGUUGUGGUGGGAUCGAACCUCUUUGGAGACAUCCUCUCUGAUCUCGGACCCGCCUGUACCGGCUCUAUCGGUGUCGCUCCUUCAGGCAACAUCAAUCCCACCGGUCUCUUCCCUUCCCUCUUCGAACCGGUACAUGGCUCCGCACCCGAUAUCGCCGGCAAGGGUAUCGCCAACCCUAUUGGGAUGAUCUGGGCGGGUCAAAUGAUGCUGGAGCAUUUCGGCUGCAAAGAUGCGGCGGAUAAGGUCAUGCAGGCGAUCGAGGAGGCGUUGGGCAAAGGCGGACCGGAGGUGAUCACGAGGGACUUGGGAGGGAAGGGGGACUGCAAGGGAUUGGGGAAACACAUCUUGGAGCUCAUCGAGACGUUGUAG